CCUUUUGCCAAAAGGCUAUUUGACCUUGAGCUAGUUAUUUUAAACUCUCAGACCCUUAGCUUCCUCCUAUCUCAAGCUAAAAUUCUUUUUUUUUUUUUCCUAGUUAGACCAUUACUAUCUGUGCAAAAACAAUGGCAAUAGCUUUUCUGCUGAUAUCCCUGCUCCGGUCUAUCCUUUUUGGUAAUUCCAGGUUAUUCUUUCUAUGGCAUAUUUCCAUUUCUGUCUCUUGAAUAUUGCUCAGCUGAAGGACGAUCCUGUAUCAUUGUGGUCACUCUUGUAAGAACUCAGAUCAAAUAUUUUGUGCAGUGUCAAGUACAGUUAUGUGGCAUUCAGUAAAUUAAAUUGUAUUAUUGUCUUCCUGUUAUAUUGAAUUAUUUGGAUAAAAAUCUUCUCUACCAUGUCAGUUCUUAAAGGGUAGAAACCUUGAACACUUUAGCUUUAGUACUAUAGUGACAACACUAUGGUACACACAGAAGAAACCCAGGGGGUUGUUGAAUGAACACGUGAUCAGUGUAUUUUAUUGGAUGUACCAUAGGAAGAGAAAAUUGUAGGUUCUUUGAAUAAGCUUGAUGGCCAUCAGCUGUGUUUUAACCAAAAUUAGAAAACUUAAAAUUGUAAGAAUAUACAUGUUUCAUAUGAUAUGGUAAAGUGUGGCCAUAAGAGGAAACAAGAAUGAGGGUUGGAAGAAGUUUAUCGUAUUCAAGUAGGUCCCAGAGAGAGAGGAUCAGAUGCCACAAAGCCAUAGGGGAGAACACUAGGGUAGUCAGGAAGCAGAAGACAAGAGCAUAGGGACAUCUUAGUUUGUGGCUUUUAUUGGGGUUUUCUUGGGAAAGGCAAGACUGGGCAGAAUAACAGUUUGGAUUGGCUAGUUUGGUUAAUUCCUCCAGGCUUUGGGCUAAAAGGGUUGGUUCUUAGUUUCCUCGUCCCUGGCCCUGGGGUGAUUUAGGGUGAGGGAGGUACUGGCUUGGUGUGUGAGAGUUAGAUAAGGAGAUAGUUGGUAGUAUAAACUCUGGACUGGUUGGUUUGCAUAUGAACAGUGUGCUGGUAGGCAAGUUGUUAUCUUUAGGAAUUAGUCCUGGGAAUGGCCAUCUCUUCUGGGGUCUGUAAGUCUCUUGCUCCCCAAAUGUCAGUGUUAAGAAUGCAGAAAUCAAGAAAAUAUAGUUAAUGUAAUUGGCCCUGUGAUGAAUAGGUGCCAUCUAUACCAAUGAAGACUCUAAGAAAACACAAAAUAAAAACUCUGGUAAUAUAUUGAGGGUUCAUUCUUGCUUGUCUUAAAAAGAAAGUUAAAGCAACUGUUUGAUAUUUAUGUUGGGGACUUUACAUUUCAACUUCUUUUCUCUUCAAAGCAAUUAAUUGCAGUGGUUUCCAGACAUCCAGAAAGGACUUUUCUAAAGAAAAAUGUUGUAAAGCCAUAAGUAUUCACAAAAUUUUAAGUAAUUUUGAAAAUAAAUUAUUAAAACAUUAAUACCUUGUUAUUUAAAUGUUAAAAGCACAAUAGUUCAAUAAAUAGGGAAAUGUUUAUAUUUAGUGCCUUUAUCUGUGAAGUAGGGAUGAUGGUACACACCUGCCUCAUGGUGUUAUGAGGAUUAAAUGAGAUUACAUAUUUAACAUAGUGCCAGGCACAUAAGCUCUUUAUGUAUGUUAACUGUACACCUGUAGGUAGUAGAAUGCAUGAAAGAGUUAUGAACUUGUAAACAUAUCCAUCAUAAAGAAUUUUGUAAUCUAAUUAGUUAUAACUCUAAUUUUAUGAUAUUUUUUAUUGUGGGCUGUCAACUGAGACAUGUAAAUUACUUUAUGUUAACUUUAGAUUUUAUCUGGGAACUCAUUAAAAUGUUUUGGUGACUAUAGGUUGUAUCAUUCCAAAUUCCUAUUGGUAGUAAUUUUAGAGAAUAAACAUUUUCAUUUAACUUUCAGUUUCAGUUUUUAUUUAGUUUAGACAUUUAGUUUUAUUUCUUUAAUUCUUGAUUUGUUUUAUAUUUUAUUGUUAUGUGCAUUAUAUUGCAAAUCCUUUACAAAGUGUCAAUAAACAAUAAUUUCACUUUAAGAAGAGAGAAGUAUAUGCCUUGAGUGAAGUAGCCUUGUGGUUAUUAUUUCUGUAACAAAAUUAGUAAUAUGAUUAUGUAAAAAGAAAAAAAAACACUAUAAAUUAUUUAUUGGUGCUGUGCACUAAUCCCAAGUGAUUAAUGUCCUAAUCUUUAAAAAGUCAAGAUCAUAGGGGCGCCUGGGUGGCUCAGUUGGUUAAGUGUCUGACUUUGGCCCAGGUCAUCAGCUCACAGUUCGUGGAUUCAAGCCCCACAUCAGGCUCUCAAUGCUGACAGCUCAGAGCCUAGAGCCUUCUUCGGAUUCUGUGUCUCACUUUCUCUCUGCUCACCUGUGCUCUCUUAAAAAUAAAUAAACAUUUAAAAAAAUUAAAAAUCAAAAUCAUGAAAUGCAUCAACUACAUGUAUAGUUAUUUAAAUAAUAAGAGAAGUAAAAGCUACUUGUAGAUAACUAGUAUUGACAAUUUAGUAUUUAUUUUUUCAGUAUUUUCUCUGCAUAUACAUUGGGGCUGUGUGUGAUAUAUUUUUAAAUAAGAAUGAAAUUAUAUAAUACUUUUAAAAUUUUGUGGUAUCUUGCAAACUUAAAAUUUUUAGAGUCAGUUUUUUAGUGUACUUUCUUUUGCUCUAGUUAGAGUUUUGAGUUAUUUGGAGAGAAGGGAAAAGGAAACCUAUAUUUAUAGCAACUAAUGAGGCAUGGUAGGACAGAGGAUUUUGAAACUUAAGCUCUGAUAGAAUUAAACUUUUAGUAAGAAAUUGAAAUGGUACUUCUUGAAAUUAGCUAUUUAACAAUGUAUAUUCCUUCGGACCUCAGUUUUAAAUUGUUAUCAAAUUGCUAUGCUUGUUGCUAUUCAUAACAAUAUUGUUUUUUAGACCCUGAUAACUUGAACAAUAUCAGCAAAGAUUUUUGUUCCCUGUAUAAAACAUUGAUAGUUGUUCAGCCUUUGUUGGAAUUCUUUUUUUCUUUCUUUCUUUCUUUCUUUCUUUCUUUCUUUCUUUCUUUCUUUUUCUUUCUUCCUUCCUUUUCCUUCCUCCCUUCCUUUUCCUUCCUUCCUUCCUUCCUUCCUUCCUUUAAAUAUAUGUAGAACUUCAUUAAACUUGACCACAUUAAGAGUUAAUAAUUGUGGGAGUGCCUGGGUGGCUCAGUUGGUUAAGCAACUGACUUCCGUCUCAGGUCAUGAUCUCACGGUUUGUGGGUUUGAGCCCCGUGUCAGCCUCUGUAUUGACAGCUCAGAGUCUGGAGCCUGCUUUGGAUUCUGUGUCUCCCUCUUUCUCUGUCCCUACCUGCUUGUACUCUCUCUCUCUCUCUCAAAAAUAAAUAAACAUUAAAAAAAAAAAAAAAAGGAUAAUUGUGGACUUGGAUCAGUUGUAAUUGUACUUUCAUACCACAUAGUCCCUGAUUUAUGAAUGAAUGGUGUUUUUAAAAACCAAGUUUUUCUUUGCUUAUAGAAAUAUUGCUAGAUCAUAAGUAGAUUUUCAAACUAAUCUUUAAAAUAAUUCUAACUAUAAUAAUCUAUCAGUAAUUAUAUUUAAUUGACCUUUAUAGUAUUUUCUGUCGAAAAAUUCAUUUGAGUUUUAAAUUUGGAUGUCAAAAAUUUAUCUCUACCCUUCAUGGCUUGUUUAGCUCUCUUACUUUAUCUGUUCCAGAAAGCCUAAGAAAGAUAUAUGUGGGCAUUUAACUUAACUAUAGAUCAUGGUUUAAAGGUAAACAGUACCUGACUAUACCUUGUUUCUUCUGUUACUUCAGGUUAGUUAUUUCCUUAGAGUUUUGAGGGUCAUUUAUAAGUUGAGGGUUAGCUAUACUUGGAAAAAAGCCUUUUAUUUUUUCUGAUUACCAAAAUGAUACAUGUAAUCUUUUUUUUUUUAUAGAAAUAUAUGAUUUAAAAAGUGGAAGCCACUUUACCCUGACAUUCUAAAGCUGACUACUACUAUUUGUUUAUAUUUUUGUAUUUUUUAUACCUAUAUAAAAGUACGCAAUUCUCUGUAUAUACAAAAGUUUUGUGGUUUUGCUUUUUCAUUUAGUAUAUUUCUGUUUUUUUCAUGUUAGUAUACAUUCUUUUUAAUAGAAGCAUCAAUUUUUUUCUUCCAAAUUUUUGUUUAAAUUCUAGCUAGUUAACAUAUGUAAUAUAUUGGUUGCAGGAGUCAAAUUUAGUGAUUCGUCACUUAGAUAUAACUCCCAGUGUAGGAGCAUCAAUUUGUAUUACAUGAAUGUUCCAUAAUUUAUGUACCUACCUGUUAUUGGAAAUCAGGUUAUUUCCUGUUGUUGUUUUUUCCCCAGGUACAAAAUGUAAUUCAGUAAACAUUAUUUUAUAGUAAAUCCCUAAAAUGAAAGUUUCUGGGUCAGAGGCAUGUAUGUUAAAAAUUAAAAUACAUAUUGCCAACUUUUAUUUGGCUUAUAUUUUGAAGAUUGUUUAGAGAACUAUCCUUCGCCAAUUCUUUAAAUACUUUUUUCCAUUUAUUUUAAUCUUUUGACAUGGAAAUAAUGUAAUUGUAAACUAGAAACUUCCAAAUUUUAAAAUCAAUUACCUGUGAUUGAAUUAUUCAAAAUAAAUUAUUUCUUUCUUUGGUUUGCCUAGAAAAUAGAGAUGGUAAUACUUGGCCAAGUUGACAGGAAUGUUUUGAACCUAAAAAUAUUUACCCAGGUGUAUUCAUUUGCUAGGGCUGCCAUACAAAGUAUGACAAACUAGGUGGCUUAAGUAACAGAAAUGUAUUAUCUUACAGGUCUAGAGGCUAGAAAUCCAAGAUCAAGGUGUCAGCAAGAGCAGGUUGUUGCCCUGGAUGCCCAAAAUAUCGUAGCUGUUUCAUGUGGAGAAGCUCAUACAUUAGCACUAAAUGACAAAGGCCAGGUGUAUGCUUGGGGUCUCGAUUCUGAUGGACAGCUUGGCCUGCUAGGAUCAGAGGAAUGUAUCAGAGUACCCAGUAAUAGUUAUAGGGACAAAAGAGAACUCUCCAGUGAAACAAGCUGCCUCCCGAAAAUCAUGGGUAUCGACACUCUGGUCAGAACUUGCUCCGGACUCUCAUAUGGCAGAAUCAGAAAUAUUAAAAGUUUGUCAGAUAUCCAGAUAGUACAGGUUGCUUGUGGUUACUAUCAUUCACUUGCACUUUCUAAAGCAAGUGAAGUCUUCUGUUGGGGACAAAAUAAAUAUGGCCAAUUGGGUUUAGGCAUUGACUGUAAAAAGCAAGCCUCACCACAGCUGAUCAAGUCUUUGCUUGGAAUCCCUUUCAUGCAAGUGGCAGCAGGAGGAGCCCAUAGUUUUGUACUCACCCUUUCUGGAGCUAUUUUUGGAUGGGGACGCAACAAAUUUGGUCAACUAGGUCUUAAUGAUGAAAAUGAUAGGUAUGUUCCUAAUUUACUAAAGUCACUAAGAACUCAGAAAAUAGUUUAUAUUUGUUGUGGAGAAGAUCAUACUGCUGCACUAACCAAGGAAGGUGGAGUGUUUACUUUUGGAGCUGGAGGGUAUGGUCAGUUGGGUCAUAACUCUACCAGUCAUGAAAUAAAUCCAAGGAAAGUUUUUGAACUUAUGGGAAGCAUUGUCACUCAGAUUGCUUGUGGAAGGCAGCACACUUCUGCUUUUGUUCCUUCAUCAGGACGAAUCUAUUCUUUUGGACUUGGUGGUAACGGGCAGCUAGGAACUGGUUCAACAAGCAACAGGAAGAGUCCUUUCACUGUGAAAGGAAAUUGGUUCCCUUAUAAUGGGCAGUGUCCACCAGAUAUUGAUUCUGAAGAAUAUUUCUGUGUGAAAAGAAUUUUCUCAGGUGGAGAUCAAAGCUUUUCACAUUACUCUAAUCCUCAGAACUGUGGGCCACCAGAUGACUUUAGAUGUCCGGAUCCUUCAAAGCAGAUCUGGACUGUGAACGAAGCUCUAAUUCAAAAAUGGCUGAGCUACCCCUCCGGAAGAUUUCCUGUGGAGAUAGCCAACGAAAUAGAUGGAACAUUUUCUUCCUCUGGUUGUCUAAAUGGAAGUUUUCUGGCUGUUAGCAAUGAUGAUCACUAUAGAACAGGCACCAAAUUUUCAGGAGUUGAUAUGAAUGCUGCUAGGCUUUUAUUCCACAAACUUAUACAACCUGAUCAUCCUCAAAUAUCUCAGCAGGUGGCAGCUAGUUUGGAAAAGAAUCUUAUCCCUAAGCUGACUAGCUCCUUACCUGAUGUUGAAGCAUUGAGGUUUUAUCUUACUCUACCAGAAUGCCCCCUGAUGAGUGAUUCCAACAAUUUCACAACAAUAGCAAUUCCCUUUGGUACAGCUCUUGUGAACCUAGAAAAGGCACCACUGAAAGUACUUGAAAACUGGUGGUCAGUACUUGAGCCUCCACUGUUCCUCAAGAUUGUAGAACUUUUUAAGGAAGUUGUGGUACAUCUUUUGAAACUCUACAAGAUCGGCAUUCCCCCUUCUGAAAGAAGAAUUUUCAACAGUUUUCUUCAUACUGCAUUAAAGGUUUUAGAAAUAUUGCAUAGGGUAAAUGAGAAAACAGGACAGAUUAUACAAUAUGAUAAAUUUUAUAUACAUGAAGUACAAGAAUUGAUAGACAUAAGGAAUGAUUAUAUCAACUGGGUCCAACAACAGGCCUAUGGAAUGGAUGUCAACCAUGGAUUAACUGAGUUGGCAGAUAUUCCUGUUACAAUCUGCACAUAUCCAUUUGUAUUUGAUGCCCAAGCAAAAACUACUCUGUUACAAACAGAUGCAGUCUUACAGAUGCAGAUGGCUAUUGACCAGGCCCAUAGACAGAAUGUCUCCUCUCUUUUUCUCCCGGUGAUUGAAUCUGUGAAUCCCUGCUUAAUUCUAGUUGUACGCAGAGAAAAUAUUGUAGGAGAUGCAAUGGAAGUCCUUAGGAAAACAAAGAAUAUAGACUACAAAAAGCCACUCAAGGUUAUAUUUGUUGGAGAAGAUGCUGUUGAUGCAGGAGGAGUACGCAAAGAAUUUUUCUUGCUCAUCAUGAGGGAAUUAUUGGAUCCUAAAUAUGGCAUGUUUAGGUAUUAUGAAGAUUCCAGGCUCAUUUGGUUUUCUGAUAAGACAUUUGAAGAUAGUGAUUUGUUCCAUUUGAUUGGUGUUAUCUGUGGAUUAGCAAUUUAUAAUUUUACUAUUGUGGACCUCCAUUUUCCUUUGGCUUUGUAUAAGAAACUGCUGAAAAAGAAGCCAUCCUUGGAUGAUUUGAAGGAACUAGUGCCUGAUGUUGGGAGAAGCAUGCAACAAUUACUGGAUUAUCCAGAAGAUGAUGUCGAGGAAACAUUUUGUCUUAAUUUUACGAUCACAGUUGAAAACUUUGGUGCAACAGAAGUGAAAGAGCUGGUUCUAAAUGGUGCAGACACAGCUGUUAACAAACAAAAUCGGCAAGAGUUUGUUGAUGCUUAUGUGGAUUACAUAUUCAAUAAAUCAGUGGCUUCCUUGUUUGAUGCUUUUCACGCGGGCUUUCACAAGGUCUGUGGAGGAAAGGUCCUUCAGCUCUUCCAGCCAAAUGAACUACAAGCAAUGGUUAUUGGAAAUACAAAUUAUGAUUGGAAGGAACUGGAAAAGAAUACAGAAUACAAAGGGGAGUAUUGGGCAGAACAUCCAACGAUAAAAAUAUUUUGGGAAGUAUUUCAUGAAUUGCCGUUGGAAAAGAAAAAACAAUUUCUGUUAUUUUUGACAGGUAGUGAUCGCAUUCCUAUUCUUGGUAUGAAGAGUCUAAAACUAGUCAUCCAGUCAACAGGAGGUGGUGAGGAAUAUCUCCCAGUUUCCCAUACCUGUUUUAAUCUUCUGGAUCUUCCAAAAUAUACAGAAAAGGAAACUCUACGCUCUAAACUGAUUCAAGCAAUUGAUCAUAAUGAAGGCUUCAGUUUAAUAUAACUUUGGAAAUAGAACUGAUCAGUUUAUUGCAAAAGCAUUAAACUAUUUGUGUUUUUCUUGUGGUGAUGAGUUCAACAAGGUGACAAGAGGUACUAUUAUAAUUCUUACUUGCAAAAUGUUCAGUGCUAUGAGUAUUCAUGAAAGCCAAAAAAAUAUUAAAAGGAAUAUGAACAAACUGUUAAUAUUAAGCUUAUUGUACAGAACCAUGGAUUUUUUUUUGCCAUCUUCCAAUAAACAUACAAGUAUUGUGAAUACAUCAAAGUUUUACUAACAUGAAUUUUAAGGGUUUGCAUAUUUCACAAAUGAUCUGGUGUGUGAGUGCAUGGGUAUGUUGCUUAAUUUUUCUUCAAUCACUGAGUGAAAAACCUUUACCUUUGGCCUGCAAUAGUCAUUCAAUUAUUUUUUCAUUUUGUAAAUAAUGUUAAGUUUUGUAAUAAAAUAGUUAUGUUCUGAUACCA